CCUCCUCCCGACUCGCACCCAGAUCCUGCCCCGCAGUGUGCCCCGCCGCCGCCAUGUACGACCCCCAGUGCGGCUGGAACCUGUCCUUCGGGGGCAGCGGCUUCUUGGGCUUGUACUACGUUGGGGUGACCCACUGCCUGAGCGAGCGCGCCCCGUAUCUGCUGCACAACGCGCGCAUGAUCUUGGGCUCCUCGGCCGGGGCGCUGCACGCCGCCACCUUCCUGUCCGGGAUCCCGCUGGACCGGGUCCUGCAGAUCAUCAUGGACCUCACCUGGAAGGCCAGGAGACAGAACCUUGGUGUCCUGCACCCAUCCUUCAACAUGGGCAAGUACCUCCGAGAUGGCCUGCAGGAGCACCUCCCAGACAACGUCCACCAGCUCAUCUCGGGCAAGAUCGGCAUAUCGCUCACCAGGGUGUCUGACAGGAGGAACGUGCUGGUGUCCGACUUCCAGUCCAAAGCUGAAGUGGUGGACGCCCUGCUCUGUUCCUGCUUUGUCCCCUUCUACUGUGGCCUGAUCCCUCCUGCCUUCCGAGGAGUGCGUUACAUAGAUGGCGGGUUCAGUGACAACCUACCCCUUGCGGAUGUCAAGACCACCAUCACUGUGUGCCCCUUCUACGGGGAGUUUGACAUCUGCCCUAAAAUCAAGUCUACAAACUUCCUUCACGUGAACGUCACCAACUUCAGCUUCCGCCUCUGCCUGAGGAACUUCCACCUCCUGUCCAGAUCGCUUUUCUUCCCCCCGGGCUGCAAGAUGAUGAGAGAGAUGUGCCUUCGGGGGUAUUUGGACGCCUGCAGGUUCUUGGAAGAGAAUGGCAUCUAUGACCGGCCCCAGCUUUGCCCAAGUUUGUCCUCAGAAGAGGAGGAGCCAGAGGCCAUCUUGCCCUGCUGGGAGGACCAGAGGCAGCASCUGUCCGUGACCCUGGGGCUGGCGGAGGGGGAGGAGCUGAUGGAGCGCCUCAGCACCCUGCCUUGGGACGAGCACAUCCUGGACACCUUGUCGCCCAGGCUGGCCGCAGGGCUGGCGGAAGCCACGAGGGACAGGCGUGGCUACCUGAGCAGGCUGUCCAGCCUCCUGCCUGGGCAGGUCAUGUCCUACGUCAUGCUGCCCGUGGAGCUGGCCGUCGCCCUCCUGCACAGAYUGCUGAUCUGGCUUCCCAAUAUCCCAGAUGAUUUUAUCCAGUGGCUGCAGUGGGUCACCUCCCAGGUGUGUGCCUGCCUGAUGACGUGCCUGCUCCCCUCUUCCAGAUUCCAAAGGCCAGCGAGUGGCCAGCCCGUGCCCUCACACCCUGCAGGAUGCAGCUCUGCUGACCUGUAGGCGACCCAGCCGCCCACCCCGUGGACAGGCCAGGAGAGGCCGCCUGCAGCGCCUGGUGCUCCAUCCUCACCGCCAGCCUGGCCUCCAGCCUGACAUCAUGGCGUGGGCGGGUGGGGGUCGCUCUGCCCUCCUUACUUUCCUGGGAAAGGAGUUUCUGAGACCUGAGGGGGCAUCUAGGAACCUUCCCCAGGUGCCAGGCCUUCUCUCCUUUGGACAGUCGCCCCAGCUGCUGAUUAGUGACCUGUGCCUGUGACCUCAGCAUCCUGGCCUCUGCUCAGUGGUAGAUCAUGGGACCAGAGGCAGUGGCUUUGGUCUGAUGGGAGCCAGCAAGCUACUUGGGUACAGGGGCCAUCCAGCCCCUGAGGAGACCUACCUUAAUGCCAGGUGGCUCCGUUGAUUGGGGAAUGGUCCCAGGAAGUCCAGCGCAGGAGCCAUGGCAGGAUGGCUCACACCUGCUAGUGGCUGGACAGUGCCCAGAGUGGCCAAGGUUCCUAAGGGGGCCAGAGUUUAGACAGGGGCUGGGCUGGGCCAUCUUGUGCGAUCUUGGAAGGAAGAGAGCCACAGAAUCCCACAGACACAUGCAGGAAGCAUUCAGUGCAGCCUGGGCUGGGCAACUGUCCCCCGAGGCCCCGCAGGGGCGCCCACCUUCCACGUUCCCUAUAGAAGGACUGGCCAGGUCCUCAGCAGACACAGCCAAGCCCCAGCAGUGCCUGACAGUGGCCAACACACUUGCACACGAUGGGUGUCUACACUGGGUCUGCGAUCCUUAUGAGGAGCUGUGUCAAGGCUGAUGGGAUCACGUGGGACUUGUUUCCUUUCUUCUUUUGAAAAGUUCCCAAUUUCCUUUCAGUUAUAUCAAUUAUUUUACUUAAAUUUCAAGAAAAUACGGCUCAAUAUUAAGAUUGGUGCCGUCUAGGUGGUGGCUGGUGGGUGUUAGCUGUAGUUUGCUGAAUGUUUUACAUACUUGAAAUUCUCUCUUUUCUACUUGGCAAAAAGUUUUUUCCAACUUCCUUACGACACUUUAAAAAGUGUCUUAGGCUAAGGAAGCGACAAGGUCAAUCAAACCUGAGAGACGGCCGAGGCUUCCCCUCCCCGUGCCUUCAGUGCUGCCUGUCCUGCCCGGAAGUUCCUCAGCAGCUCAGGGGCAGGUCCCUGGAUCUUCCCAUCCUCUCAGGUCCACCCUGGGGAACAAUCACAGUAGCACACUUAAUGUCAGGGAGCGAGUCUUGAUUUGGUAAGGAGAUGGCAAAACUGGGUGCAGAGUAUGAGCCCAAUUUUGCUCAAAAAGAGAUGCGUGUGGGCGAGGACCUGUGCUUCACGAGGACAGGUGUCUCCGCCCCGUCGUGCUGUUAUUCAGGAGGGCAUUUGACUCGUUGGCUAUUAUGCAUUUUCCACAUUUCCAGGGUCAACAUGCAUUUCCUUCAGCAUCACAAAAUGAUUCCUAUUAAAUGUGAUUUUUAAAUGUG